AUGCCAGCUAUUGUGAACGACCUCGCCGACAUUCUGCUCUGGAAUCGAGAGACUACGCCAUCCAACGUCUCGUCCGCGAACACGACUUCAGCGCCAGCGUUACAGGUCAUCUGUGCUUGGCCAGUCUCCGGCCAAUACGGUCCCGGAUCCCGCGUCUUGUAUUAUGUGCUUGUCGCUGCAUGCAUCUUCGCUCAUAAGGUUGAGUGGCUGAGGAACGCAUGUCUCGCAGCUGCACUCAUCUUCCCCGUCGUGGCAGCAAUACACGGUAUAGUCCUGGCCGCUGUGCACAUUGAUGGCGCUGUCGAUAUGGACGUCUAUGGAGCAUUUCAGUUGUGUACUAUAGGGGUACUGGCUGCUCCUGUCACUGUUCGGCUGUCGAGAACAUACUUCGAGGAUCCCGGUCGAAAUAUAAUAUUCGUCUGGUCUACUAUCGUGCUCGCUGGAUUACUCAGUCUGACGAUAGAAUUCUAUCGCCUCUCGUCGGUCGGCUGCUCGCACGACGACUUGGGCGGAGCCAUCAGUAUCGACCCUACAAAAUUUCCAUAUGAGAACGCCACGUGCAAGUUGACGUGCACCGUCGAUGAUGGUCCUUUCUCGCCAAUCCGUGGCGGCUCUGCCAACAACAUCUACGUGAUACCAUCGCCGACCAAACUCACCUUCAACGCUGCAACACUUCUGGCUGCGGCGUGCUGCAUACCCGCUAUCCUAUUGCUUGUAUCGAUGUGGAUCAAGAUCCUCGAGAUCAACUGGAGGAGACAGUCAGGCGCACAAGAAUCACUCGGAGAAGUAAAGGAUAACCGAUUCAUAAAGCACUUCCGGCAAUAUGCGCCCGUGCUGAUCUUUGGACCUGCUACGUUCGCAAUCCUGAUCGUGGGCGAGAUCAACCUCUUCAGCAGUCAGGUCCGCUAUCAGACAGAGCCCAUCGCUAACAUUGGACAAUGGGCUCCUAUCGCUGGCACGAGCGUGGCUGUCCUCGGAUCACUCUACCUGCUAAUCGCGGACGCAAUGGCGCAAGAACGCCAAGCUUUGCAGCAGAAGGACUCGGACUCUGGCGAAGAAGUCUCUUACCCUGGCAGCGACUACGCUCCUGUUCGAUCUGUCGUCCGCGUCUUCCUCAAGAUCGCCGACUAUAUCAGUAGACCUGCCAGCGGCCGCUUGGAGCACGACAGAGAAUUCCGCACUGGCCGAGCUCAAGAGUAUCCCAACACACCAGGCGAGGAGUUCCAGAAUCGCGAAUUGUCUCGGAUCCGCUCGCUGUACGGAGGCUCGCAACGUGAUAGCGAUAGUAUCAGAUCCGGCAUCAGUAGACACAGUAGACACCGGUCCGAUACUGUGAGUUCUGGAGACGGCAAAGGAUUUGCGACGCAUCAUGAAAUCGCCGCCGAACCGACACAGCCUAUCUGUACACGAAGGCGACAAGAUACGUCUGAUACACUAGAAGUGCCGUCACCGGUACUUCGCAGUACAACACAAAGGAGUAUAGCUAGCUCAUCGACACCACCUCCGAUCAUCAGAAUUGAGACUCUUGAGUGA